AUGUUAACCAAGCAUUUUCGAUCAUACACCGAAUUAUUCCAUCUUUCGGCUAUCACAAUUAUGCUGGUGAUUCUAUUUCCGUUAAUCCUGGGACAAGUGGCUUUGCAAACUCUUGCAGCCAUUGUUGGACAAGCAAGCAGUUUCAAUGUCACGACUGAAGUGGCUCAGAAAUAUGGUCGCUCUAGGCCCGGUGAUGUGCUCAAGAUUCAACCUGUCAUCCCUGCCAACAUCACCGUGCCCGCCGGUGUUGCCGUCUACAAGAUUCAAUACACCAGCGCCGACAUCGACGGCUCCCCUGUACCCGUCACUGGCUUCGUCGCAUUCCCAUUUGCUAGGACACAGCAGCCCUUUAACCUGAUCGCCUACGCACAUGGAACCAGCGGUGUCUUCCGUGGCUGUGCUCCUUCGACGUCACCCAGCUUGUACGAUUACCAAAGCUGGUCACCGCUCCUUAUUGCAGGAUACGCGGUUGUUGCUACCGACUAUGCUGGCCUGGGAAAUAACUACACGGCUCACGAAUACGUAGCUAGCGCACCCAAUGCCAAUGACACAUAUUGGUCCGUUGUAGCUGCUCGUACAGCCUUCCCCGACAUUCUUUCGCACGAUUGGGCUUCGAUUGGACACUCUCAGGGCGGCGGCGCGGUGUGGAAGCUGUCAGAGCACAAGCUCGUCCAAGAUUCAGCCAGUGGAUAUCUGGGAGGUGUUGCCGUGGCGCCUGUUACCAAGGUAUACGACGCGCUGGUUGCCAUCGAAUCGCUUCGCAAUCUUACGCAGACCGGAGGAGACGAUCACGACUUUCUGGCUUUGGGCGUCAUUCCACCUGCUGUACUUGGCAUCAGGGCAACGUUUCCUGAUUACGACGCCCCCAUCAUUUCGGCCAAACUGAAAAACAGAAUCGAGCUCGCAAAGAUCGCACAGCUAUGCAACGCCGCUAUCUUGAGUCUCACAGUUGACCUUCGCUUCGACGCUCUUUCCAAUCGCACUGCCGCAUCCGAGACGCGCCUUAAAGAGUUCCAAGAGUUGAACGCCCCAGCUCAAGGUGGCCGCGCCUCAAAGCCGCUGCUUUUGAUUUUGGGUGAGGAUGAUACCAUCGUCUCAGAGGAAUCCAUUACCGCCUCGUUCGAUGAGACCUGCGCCUACGGAAACCCUGUUCAUAUGAGCAUCUACCCCGGCUUAGACCACUCUGCUGUCUUGACGGCAGCAACACCUGAGUGGCUGGCGUUCUUCCAGGACCGAUUUGCCGGGAAACCUAUCGGAGAGGGUUGCUCGAAUGAGACCAAGGUUCCUUUUGACCAAGAACAUGCCCAGCGGCCCCUAGAUGGCUACUGA